AUGGCUGUGGCCGCGUCUGCCACUCGGCGGUUCGUGGCGGGUGGCGUCGGCGCGGCUUUGUCGCACCCGGCGGACACGUUGAAGACGAGGCUUCAAGGCGGCUUGUUCCCGUGGGGUCUGGCCGGCGCGCCUGCGCGGCACGUGGGGAAGGACAACACUGUGAUGCAGAAGCUGGCGCAGAUGCGUGCCACGAACUCCCUGUGGCCCCAGCUCUACGCCGGCUUCGUGCCGCGCCUCUUCCGCAUAGGCUGGCCGCGGCGACGGCGUUGGCCCGACUUGGGCCAGGCGCCCGAGGCCCACCAGCCCUCGGCGUCGGGCGGCGUGGCCGCGGCCCAGACGCCGCGUUGCUCGGACGCCCACGGAGACUGUUCAAUUUCCAUGAACUUGCCGCGUCCGCAGCAGCGCUCCCUGCCUGCCCACCAGCCUAAUCUCCCGACUGGCCGCGCUGAUUAG